AAGAUGAUCCACACCCGAAUUACGACAUGAAGCUGCUAUACAUUCUGAAACUGCUUCUUUGGUUCGACUGUCCCAGCAUCAAUUCUCAAUGCUGGUUCUUCCGUUGCUCAAAAUUACUAUCUUUGAACUGGUUCAAGCUCCAUCUGAACGAAUCUUCGCAGAUAAAUGGAACCCGUGCAGAUCAAAUUCCUGGGCCAAACACCAUUCUUCGAAUUCUAAAAACUUUUCUUCUGUCGCAAUGCGUGCUUCUCAUUCGUCUACGACGUCGUCUUCUGGUUCGUACGAGAAAUCGAAGAGCGUGUGGAUUUGGACGGAAAACAAAGAGGUACUGACGGCCUCCGUGGAGAGAGGAUGGAAUACUUUCGUUUUCUCGUCUCGACAUCGACAACUUGCUCAUGAGUGGUCUUCCAUUGCCUUAAUAAGUCCUCUCUAUGCUGAAGAGGGAGAGAUUUUUGAUAGUGAGAGUAAAAGGGUUGCCACGAUUUUUGAGGUUUCGAAUCCCCAAGAAUUACAGCAGCUGCAACCUGCAAUUGGGCACGCAGAGAAUGUUGUUAUCGAUUUACUAGAUUGGCAGGUAAUUCCAGCGGAGAAUAUUGUUGCAGCAUUCCAAGGCCAUCAAACAAAAGUGUUUGCGAUCUCAAAAAAUCAUUCUGAAGCUCAAGUCUUCCUUGAGGCCCUGGAGCAUGGUCUGGGUGGAGUUAUCUUAAAAGUUGAAGAUGCUGAAGAUGUUCUUCAGCUAAAGGACUAUUUUGACAGAAGAAAUGAAGUGAACAACCUUUUGAGCUUGACCAAAGCCACUGUAAUUCGAGUUCAAGUAGCUGGAAUGGGAGAUCGAGUUUGUGUUGAUCUCUGCAGCCUCAUGAGACCUGGUGAAGGACUUCUGGUUGGAUCUUUUGCAAGGGGAUUAUUCCUCGUGCACUCAGAAUGCUUAGAGUCAAAUUAUAUUGCAAGCAGGCCUUUUCGAGUUAAUGCAGGACCAGUACAUACCUAUGUUGCCGUUCCAGGGGGAAAGACUUGCUACCUUUCUGAGUUAAAAUCAGGCAAAGAGGUGAUAGUAGUUGAUCAAAAAGGCCAACAACGAACCGCAAUUGUUGGGCGUGUGAAGAUAGAGACUAGACCACUAAUUCUUGUUGAGGCAAAGAGAGAUUCGGAUAACCUGGACCAACAUCUUUACAGCAUCCUUCUACAGAAUGCAGAGACUGUUGCUCUUGUUUGUCCCCAUCAAGGAAAUGGGCUGCAAAAAACAGCAAUUCCUGUAACUUCACUCAAAGUUGGAGAUGAAGUUAUGCUAAGAGUACAAGGAGGGGCCCGACAUACAGGAAUAGAAAUCGAAGAAUUCAUAGUGGAGAAUUGAACGGACAAGGUGACAUAUUCUCCAAGUGGAAUUUGUUUAUGACCUCCCGUGGAUAUGAUGCCAAGAGAGGUCGCCUAUCCACUCUCACAAAGGACUACACCAUUGGCAUGGUUUGACUGCACGCAAUAUACUAGUCAAUUGCGUUAAAGCAUGUGGUGGACAUUAUGAUGGCACCACCAUGUGGAACCUAUAAUAAAGUGCUGGAAUAAAUCGUGGUUAUUUCUCCAUUUUACAAAUUGCAUUAAAAAGUAAAAACUCUCCCACUAGCAACACUUAUCUGGUAGAAGCUGAGAACCUAGUUUUUCAUAGGAGUUUCAUAAAUGAGGUGAGAGCACUAACAGAGAUCUGACAUCGAAAUAUUGUAAAGCUUCAUGGGUUUUGUAUAUAAAUUAUUAAUGUUUUUAGUUUAA